UAGAUUUAUCUAUUCGACAAGCAGGUGCCCGUGGACUUGACAACAAGCAACAUCUCUGAAGACAUUUUUUAGAUUAAAAAUUCAAGAUGCCAGGAAGACACGGCGACGGCGAUUCCCAAAAUGCAAACGAAGCAGGAACUUUUGAAACACUCAGAGAUGAAGGAGAAUACUUUGUUCAUGUUAAACAAUAUCAAAAAGCCAUUGAAAGUUUUACAAAGGCCCUGGAGAUGAGCACAGGAGACAAAAACUGUCUUGUAACAAGAUCAAAGUGCUGGCUUCAACUAGGGAAUGCUGAAAAUGCUUUGACUGAUUCAGAAGAAGCUUUAAGAGAGGAUAAAGAUUUUAUCAGGGGACUUUACCAAAAGGCAGAGGCAUUGUAUCAGAUUGGUGACUUUGAAACAGCUUUAGUAUUUUUCCAUAGAGGUCACAAAUUAAGACCAGAAUUACAAGAAUUAAGAAUGGGAAUACAAAAAUCUGAAGAAGCAAUAAAUAACAGCAUUGGCACACCAGAGUCAGUAAAGUUACAGGCUUCAGGAGAUUUGUCAUAUUUCUUCAAGCAUGAAGAGGAAGAGAAGAAGAAGCAAAAGGAAUUAGCACAACAAGCAUUUAGUGCUAAAAGCAAGACAUCUUACAGUGAUUCAAAAGCCAAACAAUCUAAAGGGACAUACCAAAAACCAGGCGCAAAGAAAGAAACCAAAAAAGAGAGGGAAAGACCAAAAAGUGGAGGAGAUUCAAAAACUAUCAAACAGUUAUUGGGAGAAUUGUAUGGUGAUAAGGAGUACUUAGAAAAACUAAUGAAAGAUAAAUCUUUAACUGGAGAGAAAUCACCAAUGGAAAGAGAUAUAAAACACAAAGUAUAUGAUGGUCUGGAAUACCUUAAUUCUAGGGCUGACUUCUGGAGACAGCAGAAACCAAUGUAUGCACGUAAACGUGACAAAGAGAAGUCAAGACGUAGUGCCAAGCAACAGUCCAGAGAUCCAAGAUCUUAUAUUCUUAGAAGUCUGGAUGAAAUUGAAGAAGACCAAUCAGAGGGUAAAUAUGAACAGAGUUUGAAGAAGGCACAGAAAGUACUGAAACAAGUGGAAGGCAUGUCAUCGGAUGAACUUCAGAACCGCGCAGAAAUCAUGGCUACCUUAUACAGUUCUAUAGGUAACGCUUACCUAGAGAUGAACAAUUUCAACCGAUCAAUGGAAUAUCACGAACGAGACCUUGAGCUCUCAAGAGAACAGAUGAGAAAAAGAAAAAAGGGAAAAAAGAAUAAAACCUCAGGCGAUUUAGAAGAUGCUAAGUCAAGAGCUUUAGAUAAUUUGGGUAGAGUUUAUGCCAGAAAAGGAUCCUUCCAAAAGGCCAUUGAUGUGUGGUGUGAGAAGAUACCAAUGAGUAAGUCGCCAUUAGAAAGUGCUUGGUUAUUCCAUGAAAUAGGACGAUGUCAUCUAGAAUUAAACCAAUAUAUAGAUGCUAGAGACAAUGGAAGGAAAGCUCUAGAGGCAGCCAAGGAGGCAGAAGAUGACACGUGGAAAUUACAUGCCUCAGUUUUGGUAGCACAGUCUGAAGUUAAAAAUGGUGAAUUACAAGCAGCAGCCUCAUCAUUUGAAGAAUCGUUACAAAUAGCUAAAGAUUUAGAAGACAACGUAGCAGAACAAGCAAUCAAAAAGGCAUUAGAUGAAGUUAACGGUAAAAUAGUACGAGGUGAAGGAGACGAUGAGGAAGAGCCCGACCCAAAAACGGAGCAACGACCCGGAACUGCAGGAUCAGCAAAAAUAGAGAGUCGACCAGGAUCAACAGCACUUGAAGAUUUAAAAACUCUUGGACCGGGUCACAGGAAACGUAGUCCUGAUGCUAGUCUCAAAACCCCAAGAGGGUCUGGAAGGUCAAAAUCUCCUGCUAAGCCUCCAGCAACUCCAAUAGGUUCUAGGGGUCGGUCUCCUAUUAAAUCACCAACUAAAAGUCCUGCUCCUGAUAGAGCAACACCUGCGUCUCCUUCUAAAGAGGGUAGGGACUCCCCAGCCAAACAACCCUCUGUCUCUUUUCAUGAAGAAACAGGGUCACAGAAAGGUCAUGAGUCUGCUGGAGGCUCAAAACAGGGUGGAUCAGCCACUAGUGUUGCAAAAGAUGAACAAAAGACUGAAGAAACAAAAGAAAAAGAACAGGAAGUAGCAGAAUAAAUCAUGUGACUGUCAUUUGACUACAAACUUUUAUCCACUGAUACGCAUUUACUCUGGUCUUGACUUAUUUGUGAUAUUCUGGAUUCCGUCCAAAUUUUUGAAAAUUGUAAUUAAAUUUCUGAACAAAUGCAUAUCUUUCAGGGCAAAUAUGAUUCAAGUCAGGUCACUGCUGUGAUUUGAUUUUACAAAUUUACUUAUUAACUGUUAUUUCAUGAAUGAAAAGCUAGCUAAAAAUAAUGUGUUGAACACAAAAGCUAUGUUUUUAGCACCAAAUUGUAGUAAAUUGAACAUUCAGUUUUGCAAGAGGCAGGUAUAUUUUAUUUUAUGGGAUGUUGGCCAAAAUUAUACUGCCUAUUAUCUGAAUGGAAACUUUCAGAGCAUUUCUUGGUUAAUAUUUUUCUACAGAAGACUUUUAUUUGAAACUUCUUUUCAUAUUUCAGAAGUCCUAAGAGUAAUUAAAUAUCCACUUUUUGCACGUUUUAUUAAAUGAUUUAACCUAUUUUAUUCAUACUUUCGUUAAAAAUUAUAAUUUUAGUAAAAUUUUACUUGUGAAAAAACUUUUUCUUUAGAUAGCUAAUUUUCACUAUACCGUAAAAAGUUUAACUCUUUAUUAAUUUGGAUAAUCACUAUGAUGCACAAUUCAGUGAAAAAAAAAACAUUUUAAAGUUUAUAAUUGAAUUUCAGAAAUGUUGUUUUGAUUGUUUUAUAUGCAACUAUUUACAAGUACGCAAGAUACACUUUUUUGUGUUGCAAUUAAAUAUGUUUUAUUUGUUAGGGUGUUUAUUUGAGGAUAAAUUUGUGUGUGUGUGGGUAUAAGUGUGUAUGUGUGUGAAAACAAAUGUAUAAAAAAAAUUAAGACAUAAAUGACCAGCAUAUCACUACCCAAAGGAGUUUAAAAUUUAUUAUUUAGGGUUUAAGAUAAUUAUUGUAUGCACUGUGCAACCUCUACGCAAAUUAAUUAGUUGUGCUUUUGUUAUUGAAAAAAAUGUUCUGUUUCUGUUUAGAAUUCAAUUGUUAUAUGUUGAAAUAAAAAUUACGAUAAAGGAAAUUGGGUAAAUUUGGUAAAUUUUAUACUUUCAAUGAUAAAGUGAACAAAAAUAAGAAAGCAUUCAGAAACUAAAAGAGGCAAUGAAGAGUUCCAUGAAAAACAAAACAUUUUUGCAAUGGCCUUGGUUGCAUGACUGAGUCAGACAGCUUUUUAAACAAAAAUAUUUAAAAUUUUUUUAUGAUAGAAUAUUUUAAUAUUAAAGAAAUUAAACAUCA